AAGGCCAUUGGGCGGAGCUUUCCUUGGGUCCGUCCCCUUUCCCAUGUGAGCGCGGGUGGUGGCCGGGGAUCGCGGCGAGGCGCGGGCGUGGUUUACAGCUUGGAACUGUUUGGCGGUUGGUGGUGCUGAUUGAAGCCGCCGGGCUGUUCCUGUGGCGUCCCGGUUGGCGCGGGGAGGGGCCAUCAUGGGGCGCCCGCCGCCGCUUGCUCCUCCUGGACGGAUCUGGUAGCGGCGGGGGUUUCUGUCUGUCCAUCCAUCAGUCUCCGCUCUCUCCUUCAGCGGCGUCAUUGUCGCCCUCUCAGCGCCAUGGCUGCGCAGGUGCCCGGACCGCCGGGACACCACUGCCUCCGCCGCCUCCUCCUCUUGCCGCUGCUGCUGCUGGUAAUGCUGGGGUCGCCCUCUGUCCAGCUCAGGUCACCGGCGAUGUCGGGAGUGGAGUCGCUGCUGGAGGAGUUUCGCCGCCAGUUGCAGCAGGAGCAGAAUCCCCCUGCCGGCGGCCACGGCAACGAGCGGACGGAGGCGGCGGGCCGCUGCCGCGGGGGAAAUGAAGAGCCGGCGGGUGACGGCGGCGGCAGGAGCUUUUUUUCGGCUAGGCCCGACGCCAUCAUCCGCACCAAGGACUCCAUCGCGGCGGGCGCCACAUUCCUUGACUCGCCGGGCUCGGUGGCGAGCCCCAGGCUGUGCUUAGACGCCUGCUGCGCCGAGGCCCACUGCACCCUCGUCGUCGUCCAACAGCAGCAGCAGGCCGGCUCGUUCCGCUGCUACCUCUUCAAUUGCACUUACCGCGGCCGGGCCGUCUGCCUCUUCUCCCCGCAGCGAGGCUAUAGCAGCUACUCCCUGGAGCCCAGCAGCUACCCGCCUGCCUCAGAAACUGAUGAGCCUCCUCUCAGCAAGGCAGGGAAAGACAUUAUGCUUCAGUUGCCCGUUAACUGGGUGAUUCUGGAUGGCCGAGAAAGUAUAGAUGACCAUGGAAUCAUACAGUAUGAGUGGACAUUGCUUCAAGGUGCCCCUUCAGUUGAUAUGAAGGUACCUCAACCAGGAACUCUGAAGCUCUCUCAUUUGCAAGAAGGUAAAUACAUAUUGCAGCUGACUGUGACUGACACUGCCGGCCAAAAGAGCUCAGAUAAUGUCUCGGUGACAGUACUCCCAAUGGAUCACUCCAUGUUAGGAUGUUUGGGGGUUUGUUCGCGCUACCAGUUCCUCUGUGAUGAUGACUGCUGCAUUGAUAUCACCUAUGCCUGUGAUGGGGAAGAGCAGUGUCUGGAUGGAUCUGAUGAAGCUUUUUGUCAGAAAUUUACUUCAGGACAAAAUACAAUAACUCACCCAGCCAUUAGCUCUAUCCAGCAAAAUGCCAUUGGACAAACUCAAGAUAUCAACAAGGCACUUUCAUUUGAAAUCACCCAGAAAACUAUUGUAAGCAAUCAAGCACCUGAUGCAGACAAGCUCAACCAAUCAUCCUCUCAGGGACCAAAGAAACAAACUACUGAGUUAAUGCCAGAGCUAUGCUUGGUGCCUCCUGCUGCUGGCCCAUGUAAUGGGCACUUCCCUCGCUGGCAUUUUGAUGCCUUUUCUGGCACUUGCAUACAUUUCAUCUACGGUGGCUGCAAAGGCAAUGAAAACAACUUCCUUCAAGAAUCUGAUUGUCUUGCUGAAUGUGUAAAAGUUCAUGAUUCUAAAACCUCAGGGAAAGACAGAGAUUAUGAAAAUGACAUUGCGGUGUUAAAGGGCACUCCGAUUGGAAAGGGCCAUCCAGUCCCAGAAGCAGGUGCUGUGCUCCCUCUGGCUCUUGGGCUGGCCAUCACCGCUUUGCUGCUGCUCAUGGUAGCUUGCCGAUUGCGAUUGGUGAGACAGAAACUUAAGAAAGCUAGGCCCCUUAUGUCUGAGGAAUCAGAUUACCUCAUAAAUGGGAUGUAUCUCUAAAACAGGAUUCAGGUUACUUCUCUUUCCUUGAGCUUUCCUAGAAAAGUGUGCCUGUUGCAUCUUACUUUUUUUUAAAGUAAAAACCCAUGUUUAAAAAGAAAAAGCAGCAACCAUCUUCUAAAUGAUUAUUUUUAGCAUCUGUGGUAGAGAACGUGCAUGUAGCUACACUGGAAUACAGACUGGCUUUCCUCUGCCAGAGUUCUAGGAGCAUCCUGUGCUUGGCAAUAAGGCAAAUUCUUACUGUGUUGUUGUGUAUAAGUACAAUCCCACAAAAAUACUGCCAUAUCUAAGGUGUGCAGGGUAACAAGGCUGGAGCUAGCUCUACAGUGUUUCUACAGUUAGCGUCCCAUGUAAAUGAACUACUUCAAGAGCUGCCCUCUCCUUACAAUCCAUAUUUUUCUCUCAAUACUGUUUUGUGAAAUAGCAUCAUGCAGUGUUACAGCGUCACUUUGAAUGCUAGUGUCUGUUGCUGGCUGUGGUUGGCUGCUGAUUCACUUUGCUGCACCACUGUGAUGUCCUAGAGCAGCCUUUCCCAACCGGUGUGCCUCCAGAUGUUGUUGGACCACAACUCCCAUCAGCCUCAGCCAGCAUUGCCAAUGACUGAAGCUGAUGGGAGUUGUGGUCCAACAACAUCUGGAGGCACAUCGGUUGGGAAAGGCUGUCCUAGAGGAUGGCACAGGUCAGGGCAUGGACCAAUAUAGCAGUCACAUCAAAUCCUAAACAUAUAUUUCCUGGUGCAUGGGCUCACUGCAUCAGGCCCUAAGUGAGAAAUUAGAUUUCUUUUACUUUACUAAUAUAAAUCAGUUUUUUUUUAGUUCCAUGGCACUUUUUAUCAGUUGAAGAUUGGUCCAAAUAGAAGCAUCUUUCCUCCCUGUGGAAACUGUUGCAAUUGGGAGACACAGCAGUAUAUUUAAAGUUUUGACUUCUGCCUCAACAGAUACUCUCAGUCAGACAUCUUACACCUGAUAGUGACUCCAGCAUUAAAUUGAAAUAAAAAUGGAGCACACCGGUGUGGCUAUGUGACACAGCAGGUAUGACACCUGUCAGCAUAUUGUCUUGUUCUUCUCAGCACUGCAAGCCUCUGUUGCAGGUUCAGGAAACCUGUGGCUCUCCAGAUGUUGCUGAACUACAACUCCCAUCAUCCCUGGCCAUUGGCCAUGCAUGUUAGGGCUGAUGAAAGUUGUAGUUCAGCAACAUCUGGAGGGCCAAAGGUUCCUGACUCCUGUUCUACUGCAUUGGAAGCUGUAGACACACAGCUAUUACUAUUGGUCUAUCCAUGGGAAACUGUGCAGUCUUAGUUCACACACUGGAAGUAAUUUGUUACUGCAAUUUUUCAUAUUUAUUUACCUACAGAUGUGCCAGAUUUUAGUAUCAUCCCUUGUGCUUUUUAAACUUCCAUCUUUGGAGUAAGGCAUGACAGUUCCAUUGUGCUGCUCUAAAAUGAAUAUUUAGCAGACCGCUGCCAUCUCAGGCUUUCUCCAAGAUCAGCCUUUUCCAUUUCCAUCCAUACAUUCUUUCCUCAGAGCAUUGAUAGAAGCAUAUCUACAGCUAUGGCUAAAUCACUAUGAAGCUGGGUUUACCCAGCUUCACAAACAAGUGGACAAAGGUUAUAAGCCCACAUUUUUUUCCUAGUGCACCAGCCAACCCAUAUCUUUUAGUGCAGUAACUGCCAAUCUUGUUGAGCUGGUUGACACAUUUGAAAUUUUGAAAAAGUCCUGUGUGUGCCAGUCACAUAAUGGCUGCCGUGAAAGUGGCAUAAUACAAUAUGGCUACUGUGGUUUGUGGUAUAAUGGCUACCACAUCUAAAAGAACAGAGAAAGAAACAGGAUGACAAAAUGGUGCAGGCAUGCCCCCACAUCCUCAUGAUGGGGGGAAAAGUCAUCUAGAUUAGCCCUCCUCCAUGCUUACUCACAGAGAUAGAUAUGGAUAGGUGGACUGAGUCACUGCAAACAGGAACUGAGCAGGAAGAGCAGUCAGUCUCUCAUGCAUUAUGCAUUUGAAGGGAUAUUUACGGAGAUCUUAUGUAGGUGCCCAUAAGAGAUACUGGCAGGCACCAUAGUGCCUGCGGGUACCAUGUUGGUUAUCCCUGUUUUAGUCAUUUGUAGCAAUUCCCCAGAUUGAAAGAAAAAGGAAAAUUAACCUUACCUACCCACCUGCUUGUCUGGAGAUACUUCUUAUUUGCCAUAGGCAUGUGACUAUACCUCUUAAUGUGCUGAGUUUCAUAAGGUGAAAGAUUAGGCCUGGUAUAUACAGACAGCAGAAUAAGGUGUUAGAAUCUUAAAGUGGUAUGAGUAGUCUGUACCACUUUAGACAGCAAGGUGGGAAGAAAGAUGUUUUGAUAUUCCCUUAAUCCUAUGCAUAAACAAACCUAGCAGUACAGGGAGAAAGAUUACAGCAGAGCCUCUCCUCUGCUCUGCUACUUUAUUAAAUUCUAAAAUUACAUUGAAGAACAUUAAGAAAUAUGAUACCAUCCCCUGCAGUCUGAAGUUCUGUAGUCUAGUCUACUAGCUCAGGACUCUGCCACCUCAUUGUGCUAAAGGUGUAGACUAGGCCUUAAUUUCAGCAAUACAUCCCAUUUGCUGCUAUAAGCAAGUAAGCUUUCCAUUUUAUAGUGAUACAACCCUGCCUGCUUCCAUGACAUUUUAAAUAAUUCUGCUAACUGGAUCCUCACAGCAAAGUUAUAAAGCUUCAGUAGCUACAUCAAUUAAAAACUCAUCCAGUUGUCCGAAUAAUUCAGUGUAUGACUGAAUUGUAAGGUGUGUUAUACAGUGAAGUGUGUAUUCUAUGUAUCAGUGGUUGUAUGUGAAGACUUCUCUUUUUCCAUCUGUGCAAACAAGUUCCAAUUAGAGAACCCACAUUGCACAAAUCAGUGCAGAAAAGGCAUAUAACUAUUCAGUGUGUCUUUUAUUUUAAUGAACUUGCAACAUUGAAUCUUCCACAUACUUCCACAUUGCCAGUGUCCCAAUCUGAUUAUGUAAAACAAGAGAUAAUAAACCUAUUUUAUUCUUUAA